CGUGUUUAAAGUCACAGUGGUGAGUGGUCCACUUGGUACUCAACGCCAACGGCCUAUUUCGAAACGAACAGAGCUUUUCUUUGCUACGGUUGUGCUAAGCUCCCUCGAAGCUUAUGGCUGGCGGCGAGGCCGCGACGGGCAAGCUGUCAGCGUGUUGCAUCUCGCACGAGUUCUACAAAGCCGCUUCUAGGUUCCCCGAUAAAAUCGCCGUCAUACACGCCUCCGGCUUUGCUCGAAUAGCCCGGGAUUUUGCCGCCGCCCGAUAUUUAGAUGUUCAUAGUAUCGGAUUUGCCUCCUUAGAAGCGGCGCCUUCUUCCGGGCCGACGGUCUAUGAUGGCGAUGAGUGCUUCACUUUCUCUGAUAUUCUCUCAGCAGUCCAGAAUCUCAGUUCUCGCCUCAGGCGCAUUUUUGACGGCGCUGAUGAUCCGUAUCUGAUUAAAACCCGGCGAGAUAACAUUUUUAGUGAAAAGACCGUACAUAUUUCUGAACCUUUGCAAUCUUCAAGUCGAAAUGGGCAGCAGUGUACAAACCAUAGGAACAUAUCUCCAAAAGUAGUUGGAAUUUAUAUGGAGCCAUCUGUUGAGUACAUUGUGGCUGUCCUUUCUGUUCUAAGAUCUGGUGAAGCAUUCAUGCCUUUAGAUCCCACAUGGCCAAAAUCAAGAAUAUUGUCACUCCUGUCCUCUUCAAAAGCUGAUCUAGUCAUUGGGAUUGAAUCACCCGUUAAAGGGAAUUGUUGUCACAAGCUUGAUACAUUACAAUGGCUUAUUGAUGAAGUAACUUGUCCUGUUUUACCUGUUUCUAUGAAAGAAAACAUCAAAGAACAAUCUCAUCCAUUACUGACGGCGUGGCCUUGUGAAAGUGAAAGCUCAAGAUCAUUCUGUUACUUGAUGUACACAUCAGGAUCUAGCGGAAACCCUAAAGGUGUAUGUGGCACUGAAAUAGGUCUUCUAAAUCGUUUUUUAUGGAUGCAAGAAGCAUAUCCUCUACAUGAAGGAGAUGUAGUGCUUUUCAAAACAGCAAUAAGCUUCAUUGAUCAUAUGCAAGAGUUUCUUGGAGCUGUACUUACUACUUGUACGUUGGUGAUACCUCCUUUCAAUCAGCUAAAAGAAAAUAUAUUUUAUGUCAUAGAUUUUUUACAGGGAUACUUCAUUAACAGGCUUGUAGCUGUGCCCUCUUUGAUGAGGGCGAUCAUUCCAUCUUUGCAAAGUCCAAGCUCCGUAGUGAUUCAAGAUUCUUUGAAAUUAUUAGUGCUAAGUGGUGAAGUUUUACACCUUUCCUUGUGCAAGAUGCUUCUGAAGUUGCUACCCCAGACUUCUAUUUUGAAUUUGUACGGGAGCACAGAGGUGUCUGGUGACUGCACAUACUUCGACUGCAAGAGAUUGCCACUGAUUCUGGAAAAGGAGGUAUUAAGCAGUGUUCCAGUUGGCUUGCCUUUGUCAAACUGUGAUGUGGUGCUUGUCGGAGAAGAUGCACCAAAUGAAGGCGAGAUAUAUGUUGGUGGACUAUGUGUGGCAGCAGGUUACUUCUGCUAUCCCUCUCUUAUGCCUUUAGCAGAUGAGGAUUUGUCUCCCGAGCACGAUAUUAGGUACCCCAGUAGUGGGUAUGGGAUUCAACAUUACUUCAGAACUGGUGAUUUUGCCAGAAAGCUCUCAAAUGGUGAUUUGGUUUUUCUUGGAAGAAAGGAUCGUACAUUAAAAGUUAAUGGGCAACGCGUUGCUCUUGAGGAGAUUGAGAGUGCAUUUCGGGAUCAUCCUGAUGUAGUUGAUGCUGCAGUAUUAUCCCGUGAGGUUGAGGGAGAAAUCUUACUCCUCGAAGCUCAUGUGGUGACAGAGAAAACUCUCGAAAAUGAUCAACUUCUGAAAUCUUCUCUUAGGAAUUGGGUAGUGGGGAAGCUUCCAGCAAUUAUGAUACCAAGACGCAUCUUCCUCACCAGAUUGUUACCAUUGACUUCUUCUGGGAAAGUUGAUUACUUGUCCUUAGCUGCUUCAACAUCUUCUGACCAACAAGCCAGGGUUAACGUUGAUGAAAUUCCUGAGGAUCACCUCCUAGAAGUUAUUAAAAAGGUCUUUUCUGAUGCACUGAUGAUUGAGAAAGUUUCUAAUGAUGAUGAUUUUUUUGUGAUGGGUGGAAAUUCUAUAUCUGCAGCAUAUGUUUCUUUCAAGUUGGGAAUCCAUAUGAAGUUUCUGUACACUUUUCCCACUCCGCUCAGUCUUCAAAUGGCCCUUUCAUCUACCAGCUCUUCUAUAGGAACUGAUGCUCAUCUGAGAAUGGAUUUGAGACGGCCAGAAGAAAUGCUUCUCUCAAGGGAAUCAAGAAUUCCCAAUUUUCAGGGAAGCAAGCCUCACAGAAGGUUCUUUCUUGCUGAUAGUAACAGGGUCAUUUGUAAUCCUCCCAAAAAAUUGAAGACAGAGUCAUAUACCUAUGAAGGUCCUUUGAAAGAGCAAAGUCCUAUGGGUAGUUUAUGGAAUCCCUCUGCAGUGCAUACAGAAUGUUCUUUUACUCGGUGUAACAAAAGCAUGCAUGGAGGGCUAUGUGCGGAAAAUUAUUCAUGUGAUACAGUCUGGUCGAACAUCAUACAAAGGGAUGGAAAAGGAUUUAUGCGAGAACUGUGGAAAGUUGAGAUGGAUUCUUGUGUUGAUGCAUCACCUCUUUUGGUUUUCAAAGGAAGUGCUCUCUAUAUGUUCAUUGGAUCACACUCUCACAAAUUUGUUUGUGUAGAUGGCAAAAGUGGAGUUGUUCAGUGGGAGUCCAAACUAGAAGGACGGGUAGAAUGCUCAGCAGCAAUUCUUGAUGACUUCUCUCAGAUUGUUGUUGGCUGUUACCAGGGAAUCAUUUAUUUCCUCCACUUUUCAAAUGGCAGCGUCUGCUGGAGUUUCCAAACUAAUGGUGAGGUGAAAUCACAACCAGUGGUUGACAAAGGCAGACAUUUGGUUUGGUGUGGAUCUUACGAUCAAAAUCUAUAUGCCAUUGAUUACAAAAGUUACCGCUGUCUUUAUAAACUUCCAUGCGGUGGCAGCAUAUUUGGUUCACCUGCUAUUGAUGAGAUGCAAGAAAAACUUUAUGUGGCAUCCACCAGUGGUCAUGUUACUGCAUUGGAAAUUAAGAUUCUACCCUUUAAGAAGUUGUGGGAGCAAGACAUGGGAGCACCUAUUUUUGGUUCUCUUUCAAUCAGUAAUCCUGAUGGGAAUAUCAUUUGUUGCUUGGUAGAUGGGAUUGUACUUGCCCUGAACACCUGUGGUUCUAUUGUUUGGAAGGUGAGAACUGGUGGGCCGAUUUUUGCCGGACCUUGCACAUCUCAAGCAUUACCUUCCCAGGUACUCAUUUGCUCCAGAGACGGAAGUAUCUAUUCCUUUGAAAUGGGAACAGGUAAUCUAAUCUGGAAGCAUGCAAUUGGACAUCCAAUUACUUCAUCUGCUUAUGUAGAUGAGAACACCCAAGUGAUGUCUAAUGGCUCCAUUUUGUCUGACAGGUUAAUCUGCGUCUGUGACAGUUCUGGUGGUAUUCAUGUGCUUACAGUUGACUCGAAUUCUAUUGGAGGUUCAAAGCAAAAUAUGAAAGACAUAGUACAGGAAUUUGCUCGAUUGGACUUGGAAGGGAACAUCUUCUCUUCACCAGUGAUGAUUGGUGGCAGGAUUUUUGUUGGUUGUAGGGAUGAUCACGUGUAUUGUAUUAAGCUUGAUGUUGAGUAGCUUAAACCUGAGGUCCAACUCGAUAAAUCUUCACUUCUAUAAUCUUGUGGUGUCCGAUGCUGGAUCCAGAAAAAGGCAGCUUUGCCCGUGAGAAAGAAGUCGAGCGUUUUAAUUGGAAAUGGUGAAACU